UUUUUCGUCAAAAUGGCUGAUGAUCCGGGUCAUAAGGUCAUGUUGUACUUUUUAGAAGUUUUGAUGUACAGCAAUGUACCAUUGACAAUAAGCCAACUUGCAGGACGUUUUGGAGGACGAAGCUUCACACCAGAAAUGCGACAAGCAGCUGGUGGAAAUGAAGCUGGACUCAAGAAGUUCUUAUUGAAAUAUCCAUCGCUGUUUACAGUCAAUGGCAAC